GAGGGUUCCAAUACUCCCGGCCUUCGAGGAGGUCAUUGGAGAAGUGCAAAGGAUCCAGGACUUGAAUCAAUCAGAUCUCGUGCCCUGUGCUAAUUGGGGCAUUUUCUAUCCGCAGUGUCUGGGAGGUGUUUGCAACAUGCUCCUGGACGUCUACGUCCAAAUCACAGGCGACACAGAUGGGGUCAAUGGCGCCAGCGGGAUGCAAACCAUGAGACCACGUUGCCACGACGACCACUGGUGGUUGGAGUGCAUUCCGUGCAUCUUGUACGAAUAUUUCAGCUUUCCCUGGAGCAUUGAAGAAGUGAUGCAAAAAGCUGCCGUUUGGGAGAUGCCACUUGCUGUGGGAUCAGCAUAUGGCUGGGCCACAGGGCCUUUCACUCGAAUUCCCACGACCCACGCCGUGCUUUUCAUGUACUGGAGUCCGGAUGACGGAAUCCUCGCAUCAGCAAAUCCGGUUAGCAUCAUAUUCCCGAGCCACAGCGUGAGAGAGUGGGCUGUGGGGCGACAGACCAGCCAACAAGCUGGCUUAAGGCUUUCAAAAAUUGCGAACAAAGACCUUUCUCAAUGGGCCCCGCUGUUCUUAGAGAUGAUGAAGCGUGUGAAUUUCCAGACAGAGGACAAGGAGUACAUGGCAGUCCAACUUCGCGAACGCGGGGUGCAAGGGGAGGCUGACACGCGCUCUUUGGCCUGUGAGUGGCUCCAAAACAACACAGCCGUGUGGAGUUCUUGGGUUCCAGACGUCACAAGUUGCUUUCCUGGACACGGCAUGUUUGGCAACGGUACAUUCGUCGACGUGCGAGCCGAUGCCAUCUCUUGCCGGCCCUGCCCUCCGGGAACUUUUUCGGACUUGAUCCGAGAUGGCUCUGACACCGCACAAUGCCGGCCUUGCAGGCCAGGGUUCCGGCAGAGCUCCUACGGAGCCGUGACAUGUGAUCCGUGCUUGGCUGGCACUUUUGCCAACCAGACUGGGGCCACGCUGUGCCAGCAGUGUGAGAAAGGGCAAUUUCAGUCUGUUACGGCUGCCACUGAGUGCAGCACAUGCGCAGAGAGGCAGACAACGAACGUCCUAGGCGCGGUUGUUGAAGCUGACAGUAUAACGGGGAGGGGAUUAGUUUGGUGUGUUUGGGGUUGGUCCUUGGUCAGGGGCCUCAUUUGCGCCGGGGGCGAAUAUCUUCCACGCCAGGAGCACGGCUUCUGGGCAGAGGUGCUGCGGGGACAUGUGCGCCAAGACGUAUGGGCCGUGCAUGUGCUCUAUGUCAGCGCGGGUACUGGGCAGGCACUGACGAGCUGUGCAGACCAUGCCACUAGUGAAUCCGCGUCUUCGUUGCCCGUGGUGCUGGUGCUUGUGACAUGUCUCGUCGGUCUUGCACCCUUCGCGGCCGCGUUCUCCUGCGGCAAGUUUCGAUCCCGGAGGCAUGUGGUUAGCCUUGCCAUCGUUGGUGCCAUGGCUGGACAGACGGCGGUGGCUUUGCAGGCACUACAUGCCAUCCAGGAGCUGAACAUCGCAUGGGUACUGCCCGUGAAAGACUUUCUUGCUGUGCUUGCCUUCAUUUUCAGUGGCUUUGGGCUGGGCUUGACAUGCUUCUUUGACGGUCCUUCAUUUACCAGGACCUCCUUUGCCCUACAGCUCUUGGCUUUCCCUAUAUUUGUCCUGGUCUCUAUCCUACCGGCAGCGACAGCGAGGCUGGUAAAGGGUGUCAGUCUCUUCAAGACCCUCGCAAACAUCUAUGGUCUGAUUCUUGUGUCUUUUUUUACUGCGAUGUCACUGGCGACUGUCAUGCCUCUGAAGUGCAAGCAGAAGCCUGGCUACAACAUGAUGGCAAAUUUCUGUAGGCAUUCGUUUCAUUGCACUGGCAUGCCAAGCCAUUGUUUGGCAUGUGAUAUUAAGAGUCCAGAUGGCCUGACUAUAGUUUUAUCCUUUUGUUUCUGCGUUUCUGUUUGGUUUUGGGGCUGCAGGUUCCAAGGGAAAGAAAGAAAGAAGGAAACAAGAAAGAACGACGCACAUAAAGAAAAGACAGAACAAAGGAACGAAAUUCCGACAAGAAAGAAAGAAACAGAGAGACAACAAAAUAAUGAAUGA